AUGGCGGCCAUGUCCACCAUCCUGCCACCCACCUACGCCGUCGGGCCGUUGCCGCUCCUCCUCGGCCAUGUCUCUAGCGGCGUGGCUGACACGCUGGAAUCCAACUUGUCCAAGGAGAACAACGCCAGCCUAGAGUGGCUGGAGGGCAAGCGGCCAGACCCGGUGCUGUACGUGAGCUUCGGGAGCAUCACGACGCUCACGAGCAUCACGUGGGGUCUGGACAACAGUAAAAUGGAUUUCCUGUGGGUGCUGCCACCGAAGUUCCUGGAGGAGACGAAGGCGAGGAGCCACGUGACGAGCUGGUGCCCGCAGGAGGCGGUGCUCCGGCACGAGGCGACGGGCGCGUUCCUGACGCACUGCGGGUGGAACUCGGUCCUGGAGAGCCUCAGCGCCGGGGUGCCGAUGCUGUGCUGGCCCUUCGGCGCCGAUCAGUACACGAACGCAAGGUACGUCUGCUCCGAGUGGCGCGUCGGCAUGGAGAUCGGCGGCGAUGUCGAGAGGGAUGAGGUGGAGGCGGCCGUCCGGGAGGUGAUGGGAGGAGGGGGCAAGGGAGAAGAGAUGAAGAGAAUGGCCAUGGAAUGGAAGGAGAAGGCUGCCAUGGCUGCACUGCCAGGUGGGCCAUCUUGGGUAAAUCUGGAGAAGGUGGUCAAUGAGGUGCUUAGUGUGGCUCCUGCGAGGAAUAUGGAUGUGGAAUUAUGA